AUGGUUCCGCCUGCGGCACAGCCCAGCUUUUUAUUGGACCCGCGGAACGGACCAGGGACGGACACCGCAGAACGAACGGAGCACUCCCGCCCCCGCCCGGCACGGCCCAGCCAAGAGCCCCUUGCCCGGCACGGCCCAGCCAAGAGCCCCCCUGCCCAGUACGGCCCAGCCAAGAGCCCCCCUGCCCAGUACGGCCCAGCCAAGAGCCCCCCUGCCCAGUACGGCCCAGCCAAGAGCCCCCCUGCCCAGUACGGCCCAGCCAAGAGCCCCCCUGCCCAGUACGGCCCAGCCAAGAGCCCCCCUGCCCAGUACGGCCCAGCCAAGAGCCCCCCUGCCCAGUACGGCCCAGCCAAGAGCCCCCCUGCCCAACCAGCAAAGAUCCCCUCUGCCCAGUACGGCCCAGCCAAGAGCCCCCCUGCCCGGCACGGCCCAGCCAAGAGCCCCCCUGCCCAGUACGGCCCAGCAAAGAGCCCCCCUGCCCAGUACGGCCCAGCCAAGAGCCCCCCUGCCCGGCACGGCCCAGCCAAGAGCCCCCCUGCCCGGCACGGCCCAGCCAAGAGCCCCCCUGCCCGGCACGGCCCAGCCAAGAGCCCCCCUGCCCGGCACGGCCCAGCAAGGAUCCCCUUAGCCCCCUACAACCAUCAGCCACACUGGGUAUGGGUCUGUGGGUCUAUCUGUGGAUCUAUUGUCCAUCCACGGUCAUGGGUCACUUCCUAA